UACAAAGCCGUUGUGGAGGCGGCCAACCAUUUCGGCCGAUUUUUUACGGGUCAGAUCACAGCGGCGGGUAAAGUGCCGCCCGCGAAGGUACUGGUGAUUGGCGGUGGAGUGGCUGGACUGUCGGCCAUCGGCACCGCUAAAAAUAUGGGCGCCAUUGUGAGGGGGUUUGACACCAGAGCUGCUGUCAAAGAACAGAUCGAGUCAUUGGGCGCCGAGUUCUUGGAGGUUGACUUCAAGGAGUCGGGCGAAGGAGUGGGCGGUUAUGCGAAGGAGAUGUCCAAAGAGUUCAUUGAAGCGGAAAUGAAGUUAUUUGCCAAACAGUGCGAAGAAGUAGAUAUUGUGAUCACAACCGCUUUAAUUCCCGGCAAAAAGGCGCCCACUCUUAUCACUAAGAAAAUGAUUGAGAGUAUGAAACCCGGAUCUGUUGUCGUGGAUCUCGCGGCCGAAACUGGCGGAAAUAUAGAGACCACAAAACCGGGAGAAAUCUAUACCUACAAAGAUGUCAUACAUAUUGGUUACACAGAUCUGCCCUCAAGACUACCCACGCAGUCGUCCACUCUUUACGCCAAUAAUAUCAGCAAAUUCUUCCUUUCGAUGACAGAAAAGGAUAACUUUUUCAUUGAUUUGAACGAUGAGGUGGUUCGCGGGGCUAUUAUACUAAAUGAGGGCAAACUAUUAUGGCCUCCGCCACGACCUAAGGAGGUUCCGGCAGCCGCCGCACCUCAAGAGACAAAACUGGCGAAAGCGCCACCAAAAGCGCUACUUCCGGCCGACUAUUUUAGGGCUACUUUCAAAGAUGCCAUUCUAUACACAACCGGUUUAGGCUCUCUCAUCGGUUUGGGAGCAGUCGCGCCCAACGCCGCCUUUACUACAAUG